AGACCUCUCUUACAACCAGCUUUCAGGCAGCAUCCCUGAUAGCUUGGGGGGGCUCCGCGAACUGAAGUCCCUGCGUCUGCAUCGCACCAAUCUCUCAGGGACCAUCCCACCAUCCAUUGGAGGCCUUCUCUACUUGCAAAACUUCACCACCAAGGACACCAACCUCACAUGUCCGGACAACUACACCAGCUGUGGUCAGAAGCAGAACCCUUGGACUGCCUUUUGCCGCAAGUGCCCUUUCUUUUGCCAAACCUGCCUCGGGUCAACAGCACCACCUGCAGCGAACCCCAGCGCCAGCAGCAGCGAGUCAGCCUCAGCAACAUCUGGGGGCAGCAGUGGCUUACCGCUGGGGGCCAUCAUUGGCAUUGUUGUUGCUGCCGUGGUGCUGAUGAUGCUGCUGCUGGCUGCUGUGCUACUCUGCCUCAGGCACAAGCAGCAGCAGAAGACAACAGCCUUACACAGCGCCGAGUUUUCUCUCGCGGAGGUUGCAGCAGCCACUGACAACUGGUCCCAGGACAACCAGCUAGGCUCGGGGGCGUUCGGUGACGUGUACAAGGGGGUGUCUCCACGCGAUGGUGUCACUGAGUGGGCUGUGAAGCGCGCCAAGCUGAUAGACGUGGACUUCCAGCGGGAGGUCCAGCAAAUGGCCGAUAAGAACCAUCCCAACAUCGUGUGGCUGCUUGGGUUUGCAGUGGGAGGCGACAUGAGGACGCGGCCAGAGCAAGUUCUCAUCUAUGAGUUUGUGCCCAACGGUGACCUCGAGAAGUGGCUGGAUCCAACAAAGGCACCCUUCGUUUUGACCCUGCCACAGCGGCUGGGUAUCCUCAUCGGGGCGGCGCGUGGCUUGGAGUAUCUCCACAGCUUUGGCUUCGUGCAUCGCGACGUCAAACCCGCCAAUAUCCUCAUCGGUGCUGACAUGCAGGCCAAGGUUGCGGAUUUCAGAUUGGUGAGGGUGGGAGAGGGCACGACAGUGGGUUCUACUCGAGUGAUGGGAACACCGGGCUAUGUGGACCCUGUAUACUCUAGGACAAAUAAGGCAACCACGGCCACUGAUGUGUAUAGCUUUGGAGUGCUCAUCCUUGUGGUGCUCACUGGUCGUACUCACAAUGCUGAGACUUCCAAGGGGAGCAUGCACGUCCUACCUUGGGUGGAUGAGUGUCUGUCAAAGGGGGAUCUGGGGAGCCUGAAGAGCCCCGGUAUGGACGCCCCAAAGGAGGUGCUGCUGCGGCUCACUCAACUGGCAGUCAGCUGCACGGUGGAUCGCACGGCAAUCCGGCCGACCAUGGGAGAUGUUGCCAAUGAGCUCCAGGCGGUCAGGAACGAAGUGGGGGGGAAGGAGGAGGUGCGCGCAGCAGUUAAAGUGGAUGCCGAGGAUGAGGAGAGGAAGAGUGCACUCAAGAUACACCAAAGCUUGGAAGAAGCAAUAGACCUCAUUCACGCUGUUGUGUGA